AUGUCAGGUGCCUUUUCAUCAAUAGUGAAUUUUACUAUUGAACAAUUCCUAAAGCGAGCGGGUAAACUUUCGGUUCUAACCGAAAUAGAAAACCAGAGUGAGUCUGGUCAGUUAAAAUGUCCACUUAAGUUUCCUAAACAUCAUAAACGACAACGGAAACGAACUAUUUUGAAAAAACAAAUUGCUGGUUCAUCUAUGAAUCAUCUUACGAUUGACAACAUUCAAAAAGCUGUUUAUCGAGCAUUUGAUGAUGCAUAUAAUCUUCUUUCUACAGUUGAUAUCAAUAGUGCUCUACGAAAAAAGAAAAAAAAUACGAUUUCUCAAGUGAGCUCGUUUGUGCGAACACAGUUCACCAAAAAGUUUAAAAAAGUCUCAUAUGAUGAUAUUGAAACAUAUUCAUCUGAUGAUGAAUAUGAUUAUAAAUAUAAAAUUGAUCCGUCUGCGAAUGUAGAGGAAGAAGAUACAUCUGAUGAUGAAGAUAAUCUAUCCUCUGUUUCAGCUAGUGGAAAGACUCAUUUUCAUGGAAUGAGAGUAUACGAUAAUAUCCCUUCUCAAUCGAAAUCUUAUUUUUGUGUUGAAAUUGACGGGAAAAAAAAGUUCAUUCAUAAACAGACUGCUUGUUGGCUUUUAACCGAUGAGAAAGCAUCUCUAUCAGCUGAUCGAGUUAAACGAGUGCAACAGGGAAAUUAG